CUCUAAUUUUGCCCGUUCCCUCUCGCUGCUCUCUCUCUCUAGGAAGAAUCUGCACGUUUCCCAUGCACACUCUCUCUCUACACAACUCGUUUUUUCUCUCUCUAGAAAUUGCACUUCGAUUUUCUCACUGAAAUUGCGUGUUUCCCUCUCUCUAGAAAUCGCACUUUCCCUCUCAUCCUCUCUCUCAAAUUGUACACUUUCCUCUCUCUAGAAUCGCAACCCCUUCUCUCUCUCUUUCUCUCUAAUUGCACAUUGUUCCUCUGUCUUUACGUGCAGAGAUACACAGAGCAAAAGAAUAAACAAACGAAGAAAGAAGAGAGAGAAAACGUCUUGGGCGGCCUCCCUCUCUCUCUCUACCUACACUCUCUCUGUACAGUUCCAAACCUUCUUCUUCCCUCCCAUUUCAAACCCGCCAUUAUUACUUUCAAAUCUGAACCCACUCUCUAAUUCUAGAUCCCUUUUUUCCUUUUCUUCCAUGCUUGAACCCAUGACGUUUCUCUCUCUAAGCUCACCACACAUUGUUCUCAGAUCUAUGGAGGUUGCCCAAUUGAUCGAUCACAAUCUGUAGAAGAACCCAGUCAAAGAAAAGACCUACUUUAAAGACAGUCCUUUCUCAUAAUAAUGGUUUGGAUGAACAAGACUUCACAGUCGAGGAACAAAUUGAUAAAGCCCCAUUCAGCUGAAGGCUGUCUUUGUGAAUCCUCUGGUGAAACUGCCACCAUUUCCACCCUCGAUAAAAAAGCAAUCCAUGAUCAUCGAAGUUUCAAUGAAAGAGGAGAAUAUUUAAAAGAAAUGGAAAUCUCAGAACCAAGUUCGGUUACCACACAAGAACCCAUAAAAGAAGGAAUCCAACGAGUUGCUAUUGCACAAUGUAAUCUCAGGAAAGUUGGCCAAGAGACCAAUGGAGAAAGUUCAUUGACUUUGGAUUUGAAGAAUAAAGGCAAUGCUUCUCAAAUUGUUGAAGAUGAGUUUCAAGAGAUAACCCCAGGGAAAAAUGGUCUUUGCCUUUUAGGAGUUGCUGCUUGUUUGACUCUUGGGAAUGGGGGAAUUCUUCAAGAAAUUAAGGACUCGGAUAAGCAAUCUCAUUAUCAGAUGAAGUUAACCAAUUCUUCUGAUUUACCACCCUUAAAUACUGAUGCAGAAAAAUCUACUCUGACUGUUUUGGAUAAGAUUCCUGAAUCAAAUUCAAGAAGUUGUCAACAAGAGUUUCGAAGUCUUUCUUUGGGCCUUCCACCCAAGAUCCCAAAUGUAGAACCAGUAAAUCAUUUUAGGCCGAGAGAAACAUUUGACCAUUUGAAAGGUCUAAACCAUGAAAAGCUCAAAGACACAUUUGACACAGAGUCGAGGGUUUCAGGGUGUGGGAGCUCUAAAGAUCCCAUUGAGAGGUGGCAGGCUCUGAAGCAGAAUUCUAACCUUCUUUAUUGUAACCGUGCUUCUAUCUCUAGAAGGGCUUCAUCAAAUACUCGCCCCCAUUCAAAGAAGGCAAAAAAUGAUGCAUUUAAGCAACGACUAGAGCUUGCAAAGAAGGAACAGACAAAUAGGUUUGCAAAGAUAGCAGCCCCUAGUGGGCUUCUCUCUGGUCUCAAUCCUGGGAUAAUAAACCAUGUGAGGAACAGCAAACAGGUCCAUUCCAUAAUUGAGGCAAUGGUUAAGUCAGAGAAGGGCACCCAUUUGCAAGGAGGAAACAGUGAGGUAAAGUCUAGCGAGAGAAAAUGUAAAUACCACGGGUUAUUUUGUGAUCAGGGAGUUGCAAGGCUCGACAUGUCUGAAAAUUCAUCCAUUACAAAGGGUGAUGAACAUACCCAUGAAUUGUUUGGGAGCAAAAGAACAGAAGACUGGGUUAAUACUUGUGGGUUCUCAAGGGGUAUAAAUGAUAUGCAUGCGUCAUGGAUAGAAGAGAAGCACCGUGCUGAAGGUUCUAUUAAAUCACAACCCCAAGAACGAGAAAGAAAACCACACUUCAUGGAUUUUCGACCAAACCUGUCUGUGUUGAUGGAAAACACACGCUCUAUGAAGGAAUUCAGCACAAACCAUGAUAGCAUAAUUACUCUGUCUGUGAAAGCUGCUAUGGUGGCUUCCCAUUGGUUGGAGCUGCUUAGCAUGGACAUUUGUGGACGCCUUGCAGCUCUGAAACGCAGCAAGAUGAGAGUGAGGGAUGCUAUCCAAAUGUUGCCUUCUAUAUUGCCCGGAGACAUAAGCAUGGCAAACCAGGGUACACCAGAUCCACAUUAUGUGAGGUGGAGGUCUCUUUUUGAUCAAAUGGACAAUGACCUUUCCGAGGAAGAAAGAAGCCUUGAGAGCUGGCUGAGGCAGGUCAAAGAAAUGCAAUCGCAUUGUGAACUUGGCCUGCUGUGCAUGGAUAAAGAAGGCUUAGAUGGUCGGAAAAGGCCAAGAUUGAAAAGAGAUAAUAAUACACUGGAGAGGGAAUGCGCUGUGCGCGCAGCUGCUGCCUCCAUCUACUCCACGUGCAACUUUGUGAUGGCAUCAGAAAACGUUUCCUGUUUCUAA